AUGAGCAGCAAAAGUGGCGUCCCUGAUGCCUGGGACGAUGACUGGGUCAACGCGGCAGAUAAACCUGAUUCCAAGUCUCAGCCUCCGCCGGCAAAGUUGACUAAAGCGCAGCGGCGCGCGCAACAUCAGGAGCUGCAGAAACAGUUAUGGGACUCUGCAGAGAACCCGACGCGGAUGCACUGGCUGGAAGCUCAGGGUGUCGUACCACUCAAGCAGGAGUAUACACAGCAGGUCAAACUUCUCAGCCGUAAGCCGCAGCCUACCAUCGCGAAGAAGGAUGUGACGAAUGGCAUCGCAGAUCUCGGCGUUCAGGAUGACGGCGAAGAUAGCGAGGAAGAGGCGCGCAAGAAGCGCGAGGCUGAUCUUGAAGAGCGCACACGUAAAGCCAAGAUCGAGCGCGAAGAGAAGCAGAAGAAGUACGCCGAGGCGAGAGAGCGCAUCAUGGGUUCAUCGAACUCUGGAUCGUCUAUGACGAACUCGAGAGAGAGCUCUCAAGGCCGCGGAGAUCGGAGACCAAGGCCUCGAGUGAAUGGCACUCGCAAUAGUCAACCUACUUCAGCCGACCAGUCUCCGGCAAGAAUCGUACAACCUGGCGAUAGGCAGCUAUUCGAUCCGGACGAUAUGAGCCGACGCCUGCCGCCCAAGUCACUGACUCCGAACAUGGACGGUCCUAUGAGGCAACCCCGCGGGCCUGAUGUAAGUGGGAGAGGCGGUUUCGGCUUCGCUGGACGCGGCGGAUGA